AGGGUCCAACCGUACUGCCGUCACGAUAGAGAAGAAGGGUGGGGAAAAGGAGGACGUGGAGGAAGUAGCGGCGGAAGAAGAGAAGAAGAAGGGGGACGGCGGCGGCGGCAGCCGCGGCGGCAGGGAUGGGAUGAUGAUCUUCGCGCGGACGAAGCAGGAGGAGCGGGACCUCUGGGUGGCGCGCAAGGAAGGCGCUCUUCGCCAUGACGAGCAUGCGUCCCGACGGGCACGUGCUGUGGUCGACCGACGUGGCCGUGCCCGUGUCGCGGCUGGCCGACACGGUCGACUGGUCCAAGGCCGAGUGCAGCCGGCUGGGCCUCUUCGCCAGCGUCGUCGGCCACGUCGGCGACGGCAACUUCCACGUCGCCAUGAUCUACGACCCGCGCGACCCGGCCCAGGCCGCCGCCGUGGCCCGCUGCGUCCGCCGCAUGACGGACCGGGCGCUCGAGAUGGACGGCACCGUGAGCGGGGAGCACGCCAUCGGCAUCGGCAAGAAGGCCUGUCCCCGGGACGAGCUCGGUGACGAGACAAUCGGGCUCAUGAGGGCCCUGAAGCGGGCGCUCGACCCUAAAAUGGAUCAUGAACCCGGGCAAGGUGUUUGAUGAGACAGACAAGGUGACCGGGAAAGCAUUCACAAAUGAAGGGCCGCCAACUUGUGUCUGGUCUCCCAGGGACCCUGGCUCUCGGUAUUAUGCAGAAAGCCUAGGCACGACGCUAGCCAUUGCCGCAAC